AUGAUGAAUGCGACGCAUCUGAUGGAAGACUUUGUUAAAGCGGAUCUCUGGGACAUAGCGUUACCUUAUCAGCGCAAUUUCCUACCCCCAACUCUCUCGCCUGAGCAAAAGGAGGCUUUCCUUGCGAAGCAGCACGCCGUCUUAUCCAAAGAAGCCAACGGCAUUGAAGGCGGGCCAAAGAUGCCACAUGCCAAUCUUGCUACGUCAGCAGACGCAUACCUCGAGGUCCUCGCACAUCUCGAUAGUGGUGGACAUGGCAUCGUCGGCAAGAUAAAAGUGAAAGUGUCCAAAAAAGUCUAUGCUCGCAAAACGCUUCAGCUGUCCGAUAUUGGCCUGGAACCGUCAGCGUUGAAGAAUUUCAACGACGAAAUCCAAUUAUUGAAGAGACCGAGUUAUCAUCACCGCGUCCGUUACGUCGGUUCUUACACUGAUCCGAAACGGCUGUCCUCUAUUCUUCAGGAACAACGCUGUCACCACAAGGAUAUCAAGCCGGGCAACAUUCUUGUAAAGGCUGGCAAAGUAUUCAUUACUGACUUUGGAAUUGCGAAUGACUGGAGUGACAAAACAAGAAGUACUGCUACGGGUCAGAUUCUUUCGUUCUCGCUUCCGUACGCCGCACCACAGGUGCUCGACUUCAAACCAAGAAAUACUGCGUCCGACAUGUGGUCUCUAGGUUGCGUUUAUCUUGAUAUGGUGGCUGUGUUGAAUGGAGAAGGCCUUGAAACUCGAAAUCAAUUCUUUGAAGUCACUGGCACUGGCGCCCCCAGUCCUACAAACCAGGAAGCAUACAAACAGUGGGUGAAACAGCUAAAAGCAAGCAGCGAUGAGAAACCACUAGAAUAG